AGUUCCAUGAUGGGAGGGAUGAACCAUCAUAUCGAUAUUUGCUUUGGUGACGGCAUGGUAUGGAUCGCUCGCAUCCGAAGGUCCAACAGUAAAUCUCCUCCACCAGCAGUGAGAGAUUAUAUUCUUCAGAGCGAGGUUGCAACGCUCGAAUUCCUUCAUCGCACGGAUGUACCUAUUCCCAAAGUCUUUAAUUUUGAGCUCGAGCAUCCAGGUAACCCGGUUGGCGUCGGCUUCAAUCUCAUGGAGGAGCUACUAGGCAGGGCUUUGCAAUGGGCCACCGCAACUCUGG